AUGGGGUUGGCAGAUUCAAGCUGUGAAUCCAUAUGCGUCUGGGAGUUACUGGGAAAGUCAAUCACCCAGCACGGUUCUGGACAGCUUCACACAAGCCGAGUCUCUUUGUCUCCCUUACCAAAACUACCAAAAACUCAGGACAACACUCAAAACAGGGUGGCAAACCAUGACACGGAGCUUGAGGCCUCUGCUUGGCUGCGAGCAGUUUCGUUUUAUGUGCAUCCAGAGGAGAGAAAGUUUUCAGGGCAGUUACAAAGGCUUGUGAAAGCCCAGGAAGAGUUUCAGCUCCUCAAAGAACGCAAUGUGCAGAGGGAGUUUGGUGUGGGCCAGGACAUUGGCAUCUGCCUGGUGGCAGUCUUGGCAGAGGAUGGGGCACAUGGUGAAGACACCAAGCUACUCAUCGAUGAUGGUCGUAUGGUGGUGCUGGGGACGUUGGAUGUUGUUGUGGCCAGAGCAUUGCAAGGGCAAGCUUUGAUUGGCAAUGCUCACUCCGCGGCGUACCUUGCCAACGUCUGCGUCAGCAGCAGUGCAAGGAGGAGAGGGGUUGGACAGAAGCUGGUCGACGAAGCGGUGCAAAUUGCGCAAAAGGAAGGUGUUGACUGCGUUUAUGUGCACAUUUACGCCUCGAACACUAUUGGGAGACGCUUCUACGAGAGUUGCGGAUUUGUUGUCGAGCAGGAGGAAGACUUGAAUAUGGCGCGCCGCAGGGGCCAAAAUAUGGACGGGCAACCAGGCUCUGGGAGGACUGUUUUGAUGAAGUUUGUCCUCUGA